AUGCCACCGCCGUCACCAGUGAUGAGCAGGAUCGCAUAUGGCGUUGCCAGCGCAGUAGGGGUGUAUGCCGUGCUCCUGGGUGUGCUGCUUACGCCGCCUAUGCAACGAUUUGCUCUGUAUGCCAACAGCUUCAAUACACUCUUCCUGGGCGAUGACCUGCACAAUGGCGAGCGUUUCGGCUUUGCGAAGAACCAGGUAACGCCAUUCAACAUCGCCACAGCUGAUGGCGAGACUCUCUUCGCUUGGCAUAUCCUGCCUCUCAAUGUAUACGCACAGAACGACAAGGCAUUGCUGGCAGAAGAGAGGCCUCAUGGCCAAUGCGUGGAGGACAUCACAACUUCACUCGCGUUCAGACUGCUAAAAUCGGAUGAGGAUGCCAGGGUUGUGAUUAGCUUCCAUGGCAACGCUGGCCACAUAGCCCAGAACCAAAGGCCACUCACGAACCGCUACAUGACGACACAACCCAACACUCAUGUCCUGACAGUCGACUACCGCGGGUUCGGCCUCUCAACGGGAUCUCCAACAGAAGCAGGCCUCAUUGCAGAUGGCGUUGCACUGGUAGACUGGGUUCUUCAUGUUGCCAACAUCCCACCACAAAGGACUGUGAUUCUCGGCCAGAGUCUCGGCACAGCCGUCUCGAGUGCUGUAGCAUUGCGAUAUGCUGAUCCAUCGAAUCGAUACGGUCUCAUUCCUGUCGAAUCUGCGGAGAUGAGGUCUAUGGAGAAGGGCGAAAUCAAGUCGGUCGUCUUCGCGGGCAUUGUGCUCGCUGCUCCGUUCAACAGCGUACCCACGCUUCUUUCAACAUACCGCAUCGGAGGGCUACUACCAAUCUUGCUUCCCUUGAGACCAUUCCCAUGGCUGUCGAGUGCGCUCACAAACCAAAUGGUCGACAAAUGGCUGACUGCAGAACGAUUGACGGCAUACUACGAAGCGCUCAAAGGCCACCCGCAGCUAUCUGGCAACAACGGUGGGAUGGGCAGUCUGCAGAUCAUUCACGCAUUGAACGAUGCCGACAUCCCAUAUCAUCAGACUGAGAUGAUCUGCCGGCGGAUGCUUGGUCAACGAAGUGCUGAUUCCGCGAUGGAGCCCGAGGAACUUGAUGCGGAUCAUUGCGUCGAUGGGGCGAAGGCGACGGGGGUGCAGGAUGUGAAGCGUACUGGGAGGCCGAGGUUGAGGUUUGAGUUGGUGGGUUAUGGAGCUCUUCGAUCUCUUACCUGCGAGCAACAUCAUCUCACACCACAUCUAAACGACAUGAGUGGCCGUGGCAUAGGCGGUGGCGGCACCGCCAUCCUCGGUGGUGGCGCUAUAGCCGGCAUAGUCGUCGGCUCCGUCUUCGGCGCUUUCAUCCUAGCAGCUCUGGUCUACUGGUUCAUCGCUCGACCACUCUUGGCCAAAAGGCGAGAGAAGAGUGGCGGGCAACCCAACGGAGGACAGAAGUAUCCGAGUUUCUAUGAUGGGAGAAAGCCUCGGGCGGUCAAGGGGCAGAAGUGGCCUAGCUUCUAUGAUAGAACGAGGCCUGAUCGGAGUGCUGGGAUCGAGGCUGGUGGUGGGGUGGAGAGGAAGAUGGAGGCUAGAGAGGGUGAUGGACGGCAUAUGCCGUAUCAUGGAUGA